UCAACACGUCGUUGGUACAAAAUCAAUCGGAAUUGCCAAGUCCUUGCAAGAACAUAAAGCUGGUCGUUUUUCGAACGUAAUUAUCAAAAAGUGUGUGAUUAGAUAGAUACGUUCAUAUUAAAUUGUUUAUCUGUUGUGUUAUUUAAAAAAAAUCGACAAAAUGAUGCUUGAAAAUUGGGCUACUUUGGUGGACGAAUUAAAUUACACAGAAACUAUUCCAAUUGGAACCAGCCCUAACAGAUAUACGCAAGAUGCAUUAAAGGGGGUGCAUCUUCGAAUUGGGACCGUACAGAAUUAUCCUUUAAGUUACGCAGAGCUUGUAAAUGACACUUGGAUAGGCAAAGGAAUAGCCUUCGAUAUUAUAAAGUAUCUCCAAAACAAACUGGGAUUCACAUACACCGUCUAUCUUCCCAAUGACAAGACCGUAGAUUCAGACGAAGGAGUCGUAGGAAUGUUGAACAAAAACAAAGUCGACGUCAUGGCCGCCUUUCUGCAUAACGAAUUCUUUAGAAACUUAGGGUUUCCCAGUUCUAAAGUACUGGACAUGGAAAAAUGGUCAGUGAUGAUGAAAAGACCAAAAGAAUCAGCAACCGGGUCUGGUCUAACGGCCCCGUUUACCUGGGAUGUAUGGCUCGUCAUACUUUUAUUCCUGUCGUUCAUAGGACCCAUCAUGCACUACAUCAUACGAUACAGAGACCAUUUGGUAAAUGACCACAAAGAGAGUUCUAUAUAUACGAAAUUUAAAUGCUCAUGGUUCGCCUAUGGAGCACUGUUGAAGCAAGGAACUACACUAGACCCAAAAUCGGACACCACGAGAAUCUUAUUUGCAACCUGGUGGAUAUUUAUAACCAUAUUGACUGCUUUCUACACGGCUAAUCUGACAGCAUUUCUUACCCUCUCGCAAUUCAAAUUACCCAUAAAUGCUCCUGCAGAUAUUGGUCAAAAACGGUACGGAUGGCUGACACAAAAGGGAGAUCCAAUAGUUGAUUUAUUAAAAGACAAACGUCAAGCCCUCCACCACGCGUUAAAAGGCUCUAAAAGUUUAUCUUUAGACCAAGAAAGAAGUGAAAUUCUCCAAAACUACGUAUUCCUCAAGAACUUUUUGUACAUUUCCGAGGAGCAUACCAUCCAAUAUCUCAUGUAUCAAUCGUAUAUCAAUAAUGCGAGAAAGGGAAUUGCAGAGGAAGGCAGAUGUAUAUUCGUCAUGACCAACUGGGAAGUUGUGAGAUUGAACAGAGUUUUCGUCUACUCCAAAAAUUUCAGUUAUGAAGAGGUUUUCAACAGGCAAUUACUACUUCUGACAGAGGGUGGUAUAAUACUUCAAAAAAUUAAUGGAGGCCUCCCAGGUGUCGACAUAUGCCCGCUGAAUUUGGGAAGCAAAGAGAGGCAAUUGCGCAACACCGACCUCCUUCUGACAUACUACUUGGUCGCCGGUGGCUACACCCUAUCGAUGUUAAUUUUGAUUGUUGAGAUAUUUUCGGGGUCUGUUCAUCCCAAAAAGACUACAAUGAAUGAAAUCAAAGAAGAAAUAGAUGAAAAACCAAUACCAGAACUACCCCCGCCACCGACUUAUCAAGCGCUCUUUGGAGAACCAUACAAAAAUGGAAAAUUAACGGUAUUCAAUGGGCGUGAAUAUUGGGUGGUCAAAAGCACGGGAGGAAGACGUAAACUUAUACCAGCAAGGUCUCCUUCAGCAGUCCUGUACCAUUACAAAUUUUAAAUGUAUUUCGGUUUGAAGCACACGACUUGUAGUCACAAUAAAAACCCAUUUUAGACUAAAAUAUUGUUUACUUUAUAAAUACCAUUUUUAAGUCUGUUGACUCAUUGCUAAGUGUUACCAGAUUGAUAGUUCUCACCACUUUACGUUGAUUUACAUAAUCUUAAAACAUUACCAAUUAGUUAAGGAAGAAGAUCGUAGGAUUAUUUCUUCCUGUGCGUGGAAGGUAGAGGUAAGGAGAACUAUCUGAUAAUAUGGCAAAAAAGUUGAAAAAGAUCCCAGCUAUAAGAUAACAGUUCAAAAACCGUCCAAUUUGAAGUAUGCAGAGUUAGAAAAUUUUAUAUUGUUAGUGACUACAGUGGUU